UACAGUGUGCAAGUGGCAGACUCAACUUUCACCGUCCUAAAGCGUUACCAGCAGUUAAAACCGAUUGGCUCGGGAGCCCAAGGAAUUGUUUGGCGCCAUCAUUGCAGUGCUUUGCCCUUCAUUGGCAGGAUGAGGCCAGUCAGUGUCAUUAUCAUCUCAUGGAUUAACCAGGAAGGGAUGCUGUGUGAGGGGUUGGGCUGGCCAUCUCUUCCUUGGUGUCUCACUUCAACUGUGCGUCCAGCCCAGGACGUCAGAACCGUUGGUCUGACCCUGAACCUUAGUCUCUUGCAUGGUAAGACAGUCAGCUGCCGCGACAUCACUGGCCAGCUCAAGCGCUGCUUUUGAUACAGUUCUUGGGAUAAAUGUUGCAGUCAAGAAACUAAGCCGGCCUUUUCAAAAUCAAACCCACGCAAAGAGAGCUUAUCGUGAACUCGUGCUCCUGAAAUGUGUCAAUCAUAAAAAUAUAAUUAGUUUGUUAAAUGUGUUUACACCACAAAAAACUCUAGAAGAAUUUCAAGAUGUGUAUUUAGUUAUGGAAUUAAUGGAUGCUAACUUAUGUCAGGUUAUUCAUAUGGAGUUGGACCAUGAGAGAAUGUCCUAUCUUCUUUACCAGAUGCUCUGUGGUAUUAAACACCUUCAUUCAGCCGGUAUCAUUCAUCGAGAUUUGAAACCUAGCAACAUCGUAGUAAAGUCAGACUGCACGCUUAAGAUCCUGGACUUUGGCCUAGCCCGGACAGCGUGCACCAACUUCAUGAUGACCCCGUACGUGGUGACACGGUAUUACCGGGCGCCGGAAGUCAUCCUGGGUAUGGGCUAUAAGGAGAACGUUGAUAUCUGGUCAGUGGGUUGCAUCAUGGGCGAGCUGGUGAAAGGUUGUGUGAUAUUCCAAGGCACUGACCAUAUUGAUCAGUGGAAUAAAGUUAUUGAGCAGCUAGGAACACCGUCUGCAGAUUUCAUGAAGAAACUUCAGCCAACUGUGAGGAAUUAUGUAGAAAACAGACCAAAGUAUCCUGGAAUCAAAUUUGAAGAACUCUUUCCAGACUGGAUAUUCCCAUCAGAAUCGGAACGAGACAAAAUUAAAACAAGUCAAGCCAGAGAUCUGUUAUCAAAAAUGUUAGUGAUAGACCCUGACAAGCGAAUCUCUGUGGACGAGGCUUUGCGUCACCCUUACAUUACUGUGUGGUAUGACCCUGCUGAAGCAGAAGCGCCACCACCUCAAAUUUACGAUGCCCAGUUGGAAGAAAGAGAACAUGCGAUUGAAGAAUGGAAAGAGCUGAUUUACAAAGAAGUCAUGGACUGGGAAGAAAGAAGUAAGAAUGGUGUUGUCAAAGAUCAGCCUUCAGAUGCAGCAGUAAGUAGCAACGCCACUCCUUCUCAGUCAUCAUCUAUCAAUGACAUUUCAUCCAUGUCCACCGAGCAGACGCUGGCCUCAGACACAGACAGCAGCCUCGAUGCCUCCACGGGACCCCUUGAAGGUUGUCGAUGAUGAGUUCGAAAUAGCAAGCUUGUUGUCAGUGAGGAACUCUCGCUUCCAUGGGCCUGAAAUGCCCAGGAGUUGAUGGAACCAAAUAGAAAAAGUCCAUGUUCUGCAUGUAAGAAACAUGAUGCCUUGCCCCUGCUCAGUCCUGAUAGCAUUGCCUGCCUAGAUUAUAGUGAAGCAGGUUAUGUCUGAAGAACAAAGUGCAAGCCACACUUUUAGAGAUUUUGUUCAAGGUCAUUUCAGGUGAGCAAUUAGAAUGAAUGAAUUUGUUUCUUUAAUUGUACGGUAAUGGUAGUGACAAUUUCUCAUCCUCAAUGACUGUUGGGACUUAUAUGCAUGUGACCACAGUGCUUGCUCCAACUUGCCAUCUAGAACUUUGGAAAUCAAUAUUUAAAUGCCAAAUAGUCUUCCAGGUAGUGCUGUUUCUAGAAUUACCUCUUAAUCUUAAGUACUUUGGUGUCUGUCCAGAAAAAAUAGAUUUAUGUAUAUUAAUUGGCCACCAUCAUAUUAUCAUAUCUCACCUUGGUUUAUGGUAUGAUUUAUUCUAUCUUUUGUAUUUCAGAAGAAAUAUAAUUACAUCUAUUUAAUAAAUAAAAAAUAGAACUUUUUAAAAAGUUGUCAUGUUUGGGGCUGAGAAUUAUCUCUGCUAAAACCAAGACAUUUACAUGCACAUUAGUCUGGUGGCUGCACAUUCAGCUUUACUGCAUGACAAAGUUCCAAGUUGUGUUUUGUGCUGCUUAGACAUAUAUACUUUUAAAAUCUUGUCGACCCUAACUCUUUUUUUCUUGGUCUUAUGAACUUACUAUUAGUUUAAAAUGCUACCUAGAAAUUCACCAUCUUUAUUAGCCCCCUAACAAUCCAUCUCAGUAAUAUGAUGGCACAUAGCUCCUUGAAUCCAUUAUUGCCUUUAGAGUAGGGUUUUGCAAAAUGACCACUAAAGGCCAUCACAGGCACUUACUGAGGACUUGCUCUGCCCACAGUGAGAUGGGUCCCUUCUUCCUUCAUCGUUCAAGGUGAACAUGACUUCGCAAGGCAGGUUUCCUUUUCCCACACAGCAGGCUUCCGGGCUUUCUUUCUUUCCUGAAAGAAGCACAUUAAUCUCCCUGUGGUCUGUGUGAGGAGCAGGCUGAUGCCAAACGCCUGCUGGUGGCUUCCCAGUUGGUGUUGGCAACUUUUCCUCAGGGACAUCGUGCGUGUUCUGGGAAAACUCUUCAGAGGGUUGUGGAGGAGACCCUGAAAGGGUAGUGGUUCACUGUGGCAUAUUUCCUGAUUUAAACUGCUCACCUGAAAUGGAUGCUUUCAGAAUUUUGCAUGUGGAAAUCAUUCAGAAUUCACUGAGAUGCUGGGUAUUGCAGUGUCACUGCAGAAAUGGAGCUACCGAUGGUCACAUUUUGGCUACCUGUGUGCGUAAUGCUUUUCCUAGAGCUUAUUCUGUACGGAUUCCUGUCUCAUGUUUAAUUAUUUUGGAAGCUGUUGGGUCAACAUUCUCUAGAAUUGUUCUGAGGAGGAACUUUGAUAAGACAGUUUAUUAUAAAUAUUAGCUACAAUAUUUUAUUUUCUCUGCACCAGUUGUAUCUUAUUGGUUGGUAUUAUUACUGGAAAGUAGAACCUUUAAUGAGCAAAUUUAAUACUGAAAUCAGUUUUAUAUUGUGAGAUUUAGACACACCCGAGUACAAGAUGGAGAUACUAACUUGGACUGAGGCAAAAACACCUUUUGUGGGGCUUGGGAUGAUUUUUGUGUUUGGAGGCUGAUGGUAUAGUGAAGACCGUUAUCACUAUACAUGUAAAAGCAUCUUAAAAUGGCCUUUUCUCUAAUGUACAUUCUUUUAAAAGCUUUACUAAAUCUAUCUUUUAAAAUAAAAACAAAGAAAGGGAAAAGUUUUAAAAAUGUAUUAUCUGCCCUGGCCUUAUGUAAAUGCAGCACCAGGUGCUGAGGGUGCAGGGAAGUCCCGCUUAACCAGGCACCACACAGAUGGGCUUCCUGCUCACUCCUUCGUUUGUGUUCACGGAUGGAGCCCACGUCGUGCCAAACCCACCUUCCAUCAGGUGGUGGGGAGCGCGCGUAGGACAGGCCACAGGCUGUAGACAGCAGAGCUCCACAGGAAUACCUCACCCCUGCAGGGUCCCCUCCGAGGGAGGUGUGCCAGGUCCUGGUGCAAUGCGCAGGGUUUCACACUGGUCGCUGUGGAUGAAUGAUGAUAAGAACUGAAAAUGUGCUCAAUUUUUCAUCUUCUCUAUUUUAUUUUUGUAAUUUAUAUUGUACACAACCCUGGAAGUAACUAUUUUGGACACAUAUUUUUAUAAACCAGGUAAUUUGUUAUUAGCCUGGAAUUUGAUCUAGGUUCGUUUUGUUUGUUUUCACUCAAAACCGAAAUGACUGCCUCCCCUUUGUCAGGUCUUGAUUUCAAGUGCAGGUUCCAGAGAGCAGAGUCUGUCCAAGUAGGAGAGCAUUCUAGAAGCACAUGCUGCUCAGUGCUGACAGCUGUGGUCUGGAGAUGCUAGUGUGGCUCUGUUCUUACCUGUGGGAUGCAAACUCAGAGCCACAGAGCUGAAAGGAAACCUUCAGCGGGGCCUUGCCGGCAGCCAGAGUCCCUCGUUGAAAGGUUGAAUGGGAUGCUGGUUUCAUCCGGAUCUGAUGCUGUGUCAGUCGUGGUGAUGAUUACGAGGUCUACUGCUUGAUCGCUAAUGUAACGCCUCUGAUGUUUCAUGCUGGUGGUAAAUACAGGUGUGACCUCUCAGAUUGCAUAUCUCAAAAGUAAUAUUGCCUAAUGUUUUGUAAUAAAAUAUAUUAUGUGUGUUUUGAUUGGUGAAAAUAAUACAGAUACAUUUUAAAAGAGAAGUGUAUAGCAUGUCCAAUUUUUGUGUGUUUUGAAGUGACAAUUGACUGUAUAUUUCUACAUCACCAUCGCUGAUUACAGAUUUAACGUAAACACAGGUGGAUGUUGAAGUGUCGUCAUUUCAAUCAAUACUAGCAAAUGUU